AAACAGAAAUCACAGGGAAAGGUGUUCUUCUGUAAACUAAAAGGCGCCAAGGAAACAUGAAGCAGAAGCCCCCUACCUCAACACUAGAAUGUUUCGCUGGUACCUCCAAUCCACACACAGACGAAUCUCCAGCAACCAAUACCAAAUUUCAGUACCUUCACAUCAUCGAUAGUUCCCUCACAAUACGAAUUCUUUAUCAACCCAAAAAAACCAAAUCAUGUAGUAGGUCUCCCAUUAUCCCCACACUUAAACCAUUUACAAAACUUUGAUCACUACGAAAUAAACCAAACCCAUUUCAAAACCCAACAACCUUUCUCACCAUGUUUACCAGAAAAACCUGUCACUUUUUCACCACCCUCGUUUUCGGAAAAGUACAAUUUUCUUGUUGAGAAAUAUCAGUUUUCUUGUGGUUGCAAUGAUCCUACACAGCUACAUUUACAAAAUAUUAAAAAUGGAUUUGCAAAAGAUCUGUUCUUGUCGAAUACCCUUAUUAACGUUUAUUUUAGAAUUGGUGAUUUGAUUUCUGCACAUAAUUUGUUUGAUGAAAUGCCCGAUAAAAAUUUGGUUACGUGGGCUUGUAUGAUUUCGGGGUAUACCCAGAAUGAAAUGCCUGGUGAUGCGUGUUUAAUUUUUCGAGAAAUGGUCAGUGAGGGAUUUAUUCCGAACCAUUAUGCCAUUGGAAGUGUUUUACGAGCUUGCCAGGUUAUAGGGUCUUGUGGGAGUAGACUUGGAUUGCAAAUUCAUGGGUUUAUUUCAAAAACCCGAUAUGCAUUUGAUGUAGUAGUGUGUAACGUGUUGAUUUCGAUGUAUGGCAGUUGUCUAAAUUCUGCUGCUUGCGCUUGGCGUGUUUUUGAUGGGAUUCAGAUUAAGAAUUCCAUAUCCUGGAAUUCAAUUAUUUCCAUCUAUGCUCAAAGAGGUGAUGCAAUUUCUUCUUUUGAGCUCUUCUCUAGCAUGCAACAGGAGGGUUUGGCAUCUAGUUUUAAACCUAGUGAAUAUACUUUUGGCAGCUUAAUUACUGCAGCAGCUGCUUCUGUUGAUUGCGGUUUGUUUUUGCUUGAGCAGUUGCUGGCUAAAAUUCAGAAGUCCGGGUUCCUGCAAGACCUAUAUGUGGCUAGUGCUUUUGUUAGUGGGUUUGCAAGGUUUGGAUUGCUGGACACUGCUAAGAUGAUUUUUGGGCACAUGGGUGUGAGGAAUGUGGUGUCCAUGAAUGGGUUGAUGGCUGGAUUGGUGAAGCAAAAGUGGGGAGAAGAAGCAACUAAGGUCUUCAUGGAGAUGAAAGACUUGGUUAGUAUAAAUUCUGAUUCCUAUGUGGUUCUUUUGAGUGCUUUUGCUGAAUUCUCUUGUUUGGAAGAAGGGAGAAGGAAAGGUAAAGAGGUUCAUGCAUGUGUCAUCAGAACUGGCUCAAGUGAAUCUAAGAUUGCAGUUGGAAAUGGUCUAAUUAACAUGUAUGCCAAGUGUGGUAAGAUUAAUGAUGCUUGUUCUGUUUUCAGACUUAUGGUCAAUAAAGAUUUGGUUUCAUGGAACUCCAUUAUCUCUGGUCUAGACCACAAUGAGUGUUUUGGAGAUGCUUUAAUGAGCUUCUGCACAAUGAGAAGCACUGGACUCAUGCCUUCAAAUUUCACAUUGAUUAGUGCUUUGAGUUCAUGUGGGAGCUUGGGUUGGAUGAGGAUGGGAGGACAAUUACAUUGUGAAGCGCUUAAAGUGGGACUUGAUAUGGAUGUUUCAGUUUCAAAUGCUCUUCUUGCUCAAUAUGCAGAGACUGGAUGUAUCACUGAAAGCAAGAAAGUGUUUUCCUUGAUGCCUGAAUAUGAUCAAGUUUCUUGGAAUUCUAUUAUUGGGGCAUUUAGUAAUUCUGAGACAUCCAUUUCCGAAGCUGUAGGACAUUUCAUAGAGAUGAUGCGAUCUGGAUGGAGUCUUAACAAAGUGACCUUUAUAAAUAUUCUUGCAGCAGUGUCAUCUCUUUCUCGUCUCGAGCUGGUUCAUCAAAUCCAUGCUCUAGUCCUAAAAUACAGUGUUAUGGAAGAUUGUGCUAUUGAGAAUGCGCUUCUCUGUUGCUAUGGGAAGUGUGGAGAGAUGAAUAACUGUGGAACUAUCUUUUCUAGAAUGUCUGAUAGGAGGGAUGAUGUAAGUUGGAAUUCCAUGAUUUCUGGAUACAUCCAUAAUGAGCUUUUACCUAAGGCCAUGGAUUUGGUCUGGCUUAUGUUGCAGAACGGUCAAAGAUUAGACUGCUUCACCUUUGCCACUGUUCUUAGUGCAUGUGCCUCAGUUGCAACACUAGAGCGUGGCAUGGAAGUUCAUGCUUCUGGGAUUAGAGCUUGUCUGCAAUCUGAUGUUGUGGUUGGGAGUGCGCUCGUUGACAUGUACUCCAAAUGUGGAAGAAUAGAUUAUGCUUUGAGAUUUUUUGGGUUAAUGCCUGUGAGGAAUGUCUAUUCUUGGAAUUCAAUGAUAUCUGGCUAUGCUCGACAUGGACAUGGAGACAAAGCUCUGGAGCUUUUUUCAAAAAUGAAGUUAGAAGGUCAACCACCAGAUCACGUCACCUUCGUUGGUAUCUUAUCAGCUUGUAGCCAUGUGGGGUUGGUUGAUCAAGGGUUUGACCAUUUCGAAUCUAUGAGCAAAGUGUAUGGCCUGAAUCCUCGGAUGGAGCACUUUUCAUGUAUGGUGGAUCUGUUUGGCCGGGCAGGUGAACUUGAUAAGAUAGAGGACUUUAUCAAUAGAAUGCCCAUGAGGCCUAAUGGUUUUAUUUGGAGGACAGUUCUAGGGGCUUGCAGUCGAGCAAAUGGUCGCAAGACCAAUUUAGGUAGAAGGGCUGCAGAAAUGCUUUUGGAGUUGGAACCUCAAAAUGCAACGAACUAUGUGCUUAUGGCUAAUAUGUAUGCCUCGGGUGGGAUGUGGGAAGAUGUGGCGAAGUCCCGAGCUGCAAUGAGGGAAGCAGCAGUGAAGAAGGAAGCUGGAUGUAGCUGGGUCACCAUGAAAGACAGUGUCCACGUUUUUGUUGCUGGAGACAAAUCACAUCCAGAUAACGAUGCAAUAUAUGAAAAGCUUGGGGAAUUGCACAAAAAAAUGAGGGACGCUGGAUAUAUACCCCAAGUAAAAUUCGCUCUGUAUGAUCUUGAACUGGAGAACAAGGAAGAACUCCUGAGCUAUCACAGUGAGAAACUUGCAAUUGCUUUCGUUCUCACUCGCAAAUCAGAAUUGCCUAUAAGGAUAAUGAAAAACCUUCGAGUUUGUGGGGACUGUCAUUCUGCCUUUAAGUACAUAUCACAGAUUGUUGGUCGGCAAAUACUAUUACGUGACUCAAACAGAUUCCAUCACUUUCGUGAUGGUAUGUGUUCAUGCAAGGAUUACUGGUGAUUGAACAGGCAUCGCCAUUAGGAUGGCAUCAUGCAUGGAAAGAUAAGAAAUAUGGUUUACGUCAUUUGGGAGACAAAACAGAGACACACUAGUUAGGCCUAGAGGAUGUAUAAAAGUAAAGUUGAGGCAGGCUUCCUAUUGCAUGCACGAGCAUUCAUGCUACUGUCACUCAAAAUGGUUCUAGUGAUGCCUGGAUCAAGGACUGUAAAGCUCUCAUCAGCAAGUACUGAGAUUGUCGAAUUACUUGCAGUGUCAAGGCGCGACAUUACUCCCAGUACUGACUGUCUGGCCCCUCCAGAACAUUGAGUUACUUCUGGAGUGACCAUAAUCAGGGCCCCUUGGACACAGCUCACCAACCUUUUUAAGUAGUGAUCUCCAGGGAGGGCUUUCCCUACAGGGUCUCCACUUUCUUUGUUACGGGACAUUUUUCUACUGAUGUACAGUGAAUACUCGCCAUUGAUGGGGAAGACCAUGCCAUGGACUUGACGAUUUGAUGAUACAAGCUAAAGAAGCUGAGCCCCAGCAUUCCUGAAAUGAAACUACUUUUUGCACUGAUUUAAAGUCUGUCAGAAAUAAAUUUGAUUUGUUUAAAACACUGUAGCAGCCAGACUCGGGUUUUUAGACCCAUUCCCCAGCUGACCAUGGGUUGACUUAAAGAACCAUGCGAUAUGUCAAAAAAUGGUUAUAAACU